AUGGUCGAAACAUCGGGCGUUGCAAAGAAAAGAAGUAGAACAGACAUUUCUCAAAGUUUGGUGAAUGUAGCAUUAUCCAAAAAGCUCUGUGGCGGUAUAAUAGUAUCAGGAGAUAAAAGAGAAAGAAAGAUUCCACCAAAUAAAAUAGACCAUAGAGUGAGAGAUGGUGUGAGGACUCAUAUCUGCAAAUUUCCUGUAGUCGAGACGGAUUACAGUCGUGAAAGAAGCAGUGAAAAAUACCUGGGAAAUGAUCUUAAUAUUACUCGAAUUUUUGAGAUGUACAAGCAGGAGUGUAUUGAAAAUAGAAUUCCUGAAGAACUCAUUGCCAAAAAGUGGCUUUAUGAACAAAUUUUCAAUACGGAAUUUAUUUACGGGUUCAAAUUACCCGAUAACGAUACCUGUGAUCAAUGCGAUGCAUUCUUAAUAAAGUUACAAGAUUCAGAUUACGCAAAGGCUAACUAUACAGCAAGAAUAUGA